AUGAGGAUUCGAAAAAACGCGAAGCUUUCCCCUCUCCUACAUACUUGUUCUUCUUCAUUGCUCAAAAAUGGUUCAUUUCCAGUUGAAACUUUUCAAACGCACGUUUGUCAGCUUAAUCAGUCUCCAUGGGAUGUGAUCCCCUUUCACUCCAACAACUCAAUCCAGUUCGAAGAUGAAGAUACCUUCAAAACUGGGGAUUUCCAUAGAGCUUUUGAUGAAAGUGUUGAAUCGAUGAUGGAUACUCAAGAUGCUGAUAUUAAUAAACCUGCGAUAGAAAAUUUUAAUACGAUUGUGCUUGAGGAGGAUAAUAUUAACACUAAGAAGGUGGUUAAUAGCAAUGGUGUUAACAAAGGUUUGAAGAGCGACAACAUUGCUGCGGGGUCGACGCCGCGACGCGAAAGAGGCCGACCGAAGAAGGCGGUAGGUUCGAGUUUGAAUAAUAAUAUUAACAAUGAGUUUUAUUAUUAUUCUGGAUUUGGUCCAUUGUGGGGAAAGAGAAGAGGUGAUAGUGAUAAUAAAAAUGGUGGUAAAACAUUAGGGUCUAGUGAGGAUAAGGUUAAUGUUGGUGUUGGUGUUGAUGGUAAUGUUGUUCCUUGUUAUUCGGAGAUGGAUAUUGAGGGAUUGGAUUAUGUUGAUGAUUAUGAUUAUGAUGAUUAUGAUUAUGGUGAUGGUCAUAAUGGAAAGAGAAGAAUGAGGAAGCCGGUGAAAGAAAGGUCGUUGAAAUCGUUGAUGUGA